GCGCGGCGGCGGCGGGAUGCGGCGCGCGGCGGCGGCGGGCGCGGGGCGCUGAGCUCGGGCCGCCGGGAUGCGCCGCUCCAGCACCGACGAGUCCACGUACCGGCGCAGCCCGUCGCCGGAGGGCAAGCGGCCGGGCGGCCCGUUCCGCCGCUGCAGCGGCCUCUACGGCGACGGCGGCCCGUUCGGCCCGCAGGCGGCCCCGCGCCCGCCGCCCAAGGGCGCCCGGUACGUGGUGCUGUACCUGGACCUGUCCUUCAUCUUCCUCCUAGAGCUCAAGCGCUGCGGCAUGGCGCGCGGCUGCCUGCAGGCCGUCAAGUACCUCAUGUUCGCCUUCAACCUGCUCUUCUGGCUGGGAGGAUGCGGCAUCCUGGGGGUGGGCAUCUGGCUGGCUGCCACGCAGGGGAACUUCGCCACCCUGUCCUCCUCCUUCCCGUCCCUGUCGGCCGCCAACCUGCUCAUCGUCACCGGCACCUUCAUCAUGGCCAUCGGCUUCGUGGGCUGCAUUGGGGCCAUCAAGGAGAACAAGUGCCUGCUGCUCACCUUCUUCGUGCUGCUGCUGCUGGUGCUCCUGCUGGAGGUCACCGUCGCCGUCCUCUUCUCCGCCUACACCGACAAGAUCGACAGGUAUGCGCAGCGAGAUCUGAAGAAGGGCCUGCACCUGUACGGCACCCCGGGCAACGUGGGGCUCACCAACGCCUGGAGCAUCAUCCAGACCGACUUCCGUUGCUGCGGUGUCUCCAACUACACGGACUGGUUCGAGGUCUACAAUGCCACGCGCGUGCCGGACUCCUGCUGCCUGGAGUUCAGCGAGAGCUGCGGGCUGCACGCACCUGGCACCUGGUGGAAGGCGCCCUGCUAUGAGACGGUGAAGAUGUGGCUCCAGGAGAACCUGCUGGCCGUGGGCGUCUUCGGGCUGUGCACGGCGCUGGUGCAGAUCUUGGGCCUGACUUUCGCGAUGACCAUGUACUGCCAGGUGGUGAAGGCCGACACCUACUGCGCAUAGACUGCCCUGCCGGCCACCCAGCUUCGCUGCCAAAGGAUCCACCCACCGGGAGACGGCCUCGUCCCCUGGGCCUCUGAGCACGUGCCAAGGGGCAGCUGGCGCCUUCGGGGUCCACGCCCACGUACUCCGCAGAGCGGCUCUCCCUGGACCCUGCCCAGGGCUGGGGUGGGCGAGGGCCUCCUGCUGGCCGGUGCUGGGGCGGAGCCCCGUCCUCACAUUCCACACGGGCAGGGCAGGCCCGGUGCGUAUAUAAGGUGCGUGGGCAGCAGCCCCUUUUCACUGCCCUGACCCCCCCCUGGGCACACCGUGGCUGUGGCCUCCCCCACCGUGGGGCUGGUGCCUGGAGUGGGGCUCUGUGACCCACAGGCUCGGGUGAGCUGCCAGCCAGCAGGUGGGGCUGAGUGCGAGGACAGGCCCCAAACCUCCACUAGAUGAGCUCCAGGAAGUGGUGCAGGGGCCCCGAGAACCACCAGGAGCCCCGACCUGUCCAUGUCUCUGUUCCUCUGCAUCUGUCCCCCUUCCUCCAAGCUGUGUGUCGUCCCCCCCCCCCCCCCCCCCGCUGUGUCAACAAGGGGAGUGCGGUUCCUUGCUGCCCGUUAGGGAACGUGGCCCCGAGGUGUCUCUCUGUACGACUUUGCAAAUAAAGGGGCCGUGGGAGCGAGCAGCUGCCAGGCCCAGCACCAGC